AUGACACUGCAGUGUUCAAAACCCAAGACGUUCCGCUACCAACCACUGACCUACAAUCAUUCCCAACAACCAACCCCUGACCAACAUCGCUCCCACGGAGCGACCACUGGCCUAGAGGGCUCCCACGGAGCGACCACUGGCCUAGAGGGCUCCCACGGAGCGACCACUGGCCUAGAGGGCUCCCACGGAGCGACCACUGGCCUAGAGGGCUCCCACGGAGCGACCACUGGCCUAGAGGGCUCCCACGGAGCGACCACUGGCCUAGAGGGCUCCCACGGAGCGACCACUGGCCUAGAGGGCUCCCACGGAGCGACCACUGGCCUAGAGGGCUCCCACGGAGCGACCACUGGCCUAGAGGGCUCCCACGGAGCGACCACUGGCCUAGAGGGCUCCCACGGAGCGACCACUGGCCUAGAGGGCUCCCACGGAGCGACCACUGGCCUAGAGGGCUCCCACGGAGCGACCACUGGCCUAGAGGGCUCCCACGGAGCGACCACUGGCCUAGAGGGCUCCCACGGAGCGACCACUGGCCUAGAGGGCUCCCACGGAGCGACCACUGGCCUAGAGGGCUCCCACGGAGCGACCACUGGCCUAGAGGGCUCCCACGGAGCGACCACUGGCCUAGAGGGCUCCCACGGAGCGACCACUGGCCUAGAGGGCUCCCACGGAGCGACCACUGGCCUAGAGGGCUCCCACGGAGCGACCACUGGCCUAGAGGGCUCCCACGGAGCGACCACUGGCCUAGAGGGCUCCCACGGAGCGACCACUGGCCUAGAGGGCUCCCACGGAGCGACCACUGGCCUAGAGGGCUCCCACGGAGCGACCACUGGCCUAGAGGGCUCCCACGGAGCGACCACUGGCCUAGAGGGCUCCCAAGGAGCGACCACUGGCCUAGAGGGCUCCCAAGGAGCGACCACUGGCCUAGAUGGCUCCCAAGGAGCGACCACUGGCCUAGAUGGCUCCCAAGGAGCGACCACUGGCCUAGAUGGCUCCCAAGGAGCGACCACUGGCCUAGAUGGCUCCCAAGGAGCGACCACUGGCCUAGAUGGCUCCCAAGGAGCGACCACUGGCCUAGAUGGCUCCCAAGGAGCGACCACUGGCCUAGAUGGCUCCCAAGGAGCGACCACUGGCCUAGAUGGCUCCCAAGGAGCGACCACUGGCCUAGAUCGUUCCCAAGGAGCGACCACUGAUGCUAGAUCGUUUCCAAAGAGCGACCACUGA